AUGCCCCUCGCACAGCAAACCUCCGCCUCCCAAACACCACACAUCUCCCCCGCCGAACUCUCCUACCUCUACACCUCCCUCUCCUCCUCCGGACCCAUUCGCCCAGACGGCCGCUCACCAACACAAUUCCGCUUCCUAACUGCCGAAACGGGGAUAUUACCAGGCACAAACGGAAGCGCACGCAUUGGGUUCGCAGAUGGCUCGGAGGCGAUUGUGGGCGUAAAGGCGGAGUUGGAGAGGACGCUUGCGACGGAUGCGUUGGAUUUGAGGCAGUUGCAGGAAUUGGAGCAAGGUGCUGAUUACGGCGAUGAAGAUGGGGGGGAUGGAGGUGGUGGUAGUGGCGAGGGGAGUCGUGCGACUCCGGGACAGGGUUCGUGGGUGCAGAUGUCUAUUGAGAUCCCGGGGUUUAGGGAUGAUGAUGCUCUGCCCGUGUUUUUGUCGGAGAUGAUGAGGGAGUCUCUUGUGGGAUCUGCGGCGAGUGGUAAUGAGGAUGAAAAGAUGGUUGGUGGGCUGAAAGGCAGACUGGUUAUUAAUCGUCGGUGGCAUUGGAGACUUUAUAUUGACGUCCUACUCCUAUCMCCGCCACAAUCCUAUCCUCUCCCACUUCUCUCAUUAACCACCCAUCUAGCUUUACUCUCAACCCGGUUACCAAAACUUAAAUCGCAAGGCGAAGAAGAUCCUUUCUUUGAAGAUGACUGGAAUCUAUCAGAAUACAUCUAUCCACGACCAAUAGGUGCCGCACAAAAACAAACUCAACGUCAAGCGCGCCCACCAGUCACACUCCUCGUCAUAUCCACAGGCCAGAAUGUCAUCUUCGACCCAACCCGGGAAGAAAUCGCAGUUGCCGAUGCGGUGCUCGCGGUAUCAAUCGGGCGCGAACAAGACAUUGAAAACACAGACGCAAAUUUAAAGCUUCUUUCCAUCCGCACAAUUGAUCCACCAUCAAGACUGACGCAACAUGGUGUUCCGGACUCGGAGAAUGCGGCUACUUUGGCUGCUCUUGCUGCUGGUCCUACUGCUGCUGCCCCUGGAACGCGCAUAGAGACUGCAUUUGCGGGCACAGAUGAGGAAGUGCCCGGUGUAUGGAAGCCGAGAAGAGGCGGUGUGUCGCGCAGUGUGAUAUCAAAGAUUGUCAAGAUGGUGUUGGCCAAGGGCGGUGUUGGUGAUGAGGUUAUGGAGGGUUUGGAGGGGGUUGAAGUUAGCUGA